CACGUCGCAGCUGUGAUGGCUGCAGUCGAGGUGGCAGUUGUCGACGUGAAAAGCAACCUAAAUAAAGUGUAAAUAUCUUGGAAAGGGGACAUCGCAAUGCCACAGGACCAAACGGUUUAUUCAGGACUAAUCGACUUUAUUCUACUGAGUCAGUUGUGCGGGCUUUCUUUGAAUUUUACAACGAAUUUGCUAAGGUACAGCUGGAACCGUCCACGGAGCAAAAUACUUAGCUAGCGAUUGCUAGCAAGCCAAGUUACCACCGGUGCCCCUAAAGAUUUCUCGAUGUGGAGACCAAGCCAAAAAUAUCUGACCUGGGACUGAUCUGGAGCUGAAUUGACAGUGCACCCUUGAGAUAUGUACAGAUGAAAAUAGGCUGUUUCUGCUGUGCCAAGGACGUCAAAAGCCCUAGGACUGGACCACCGUACACUUAGCUUUAAGUAGCAAGCUAAAUUAGCUAACGUUACCACUAGUUAGCAAACCUGCCCACCCUGUCAUUGUUUUGACUGAGUGGCCAUGUCUUCCUGGCUUGGUGGAAUAGGCUCUGGGCUUGGCCAGUCACUCGGCCAGGUCGGUGGGAGUCUUUCAUCAUUUACAGGACAAAUAUCAAAUUUCACCAAAGACAUACUUCUAGAAGGGGCGGAGGAAGUUGGAGAUGCUACCACAGAGUUGCAGGUGUCUAAGUCUAGGCUGGAGGAACUGGAAACUGCCUUCACUGCACAGAAAUCUGAGUAUGACCGUCUACGGAAGAUCCAUGCAGAACUGGAGGAGAAGUUUGAAGGGUCUGAGCUACAGAACAAACAGUUGUCUUCAGAAUAUAGACACCGUCUGCAACAGAAAGAGGUGGAAAUCAGCCACCUCAAAGCUCGGCAGGGUGCCCUGCAGGAGGAGGUGCAGAAACUGGAGCGCUCGGCCCAGCAUGUGUCCUCCUCCCUUUCCUCGGGACCCGCUAUGCUUCCCGUGACCACCUCAGCCAGCACCACCACCACCACCUCCUCAUCCUUCAUGACCCACCACAGCGGUGCGCACCAAGGCUUCCAUGGCGACGAGAUGGACCUGAGCGACGUGCUAUGGUCCCAACAGGAGAUCAACCGCCUGUCCAACGAGGUCCUGCGGCUGGAGUCAGAGACGUCCCACUGGAGACGUUUGGCUCAGGCCUCCAAAGCAUCAGGAGGAGAAAGUGGGGAGCAGGAUGAAAUGCUUAAGCUGCAGAGGACAGUUAAGGAGCUGAGGGAGACUAUGGGCCAUGAGAUGGACCAGCACCAGCAUGAGCUGACCGCUCUGCAGGAUGUCCAGCGACAGAAGCUGACCGAGGUCACGCGCAGACACCGACAGGAGCUGGCCGAGUAUGAGGAGCGCAUUGAGGAGCUGGAGGAGCAGCUGCAGAGUGGUGGCAACCUCAGCCCAGCCUCCCCGAACCCUCCAGGACUCGAGCGGCAAGACGAGAGGCUGCGCGAGCUGACAGCCAGCCUGGAGGAGGCCUCUCGACAGCGCGCCGCGCUGGAGCAGGAGAAAGACGAGGCGCGGGCGGAGAACGCGGAGCUGAUGAGCAACUACAGCCGCCUGCAGAACUCCGUGAGCGAGCUACAGGCUCGUGUGCAGGAGCAGGAGGGCAAGGCCAUGCUCAAGUCCCAGCAGGACGCAGAGAUCCAGAUGCUAAAGAAGGCACUCAAUGGGGCAGAGAAAGAGAUAACGAGGUUAAAAGGCCUCAUUGAGAGUGAGCCCAAGGAUGAGGUUGAACAUGCAGACAUCUUGGAGCUCAACACAAUAAUUGGAACACUAAAAACUGAGAAGGAGGAACUGGAAAAAGAAAUGCAUGCCUUAGCAGCGAGACUGCAGAUUGCAGAGGAGAGUUCAGCAACGGCUGCAGUCGGAGAGCCCGGGGGUGUAGACCAGGGGGAGGUGGCAGAGCUGAAGGCCCAGCUUGAGAAGAAGGAACAGGCUUUAACUCAAGCUCAACUAGAUCAGGACACUCUCGCUGCAGAGCUGGAGGAACUAGAUGGGCAGAACCAAGAGGCCACACAGCAUUUGAUCGCUCUAAAGGAUCAGCUCUCUCGCCAAAGAACAGACGCUGAUGAUGAAAUUACUCAUCUGCAGUCAGAGCUCAGUGCUGCCCAGGACCAGAAGGGGGCGCUGCAGCAAGAACUUGAGGCCAUGAAGGAGAAACUCAGCCAAAGUGCCUUUACCUUGAAUGACUUGCACAUGGGCAAACAACAGCUGGAGGCUACAGUGAAGGAGUUGAGAGACAAACUGAGCAAGUCACAUGAGCAGGCCAAAGAGAUUCGACACGAGGCCUCCGAGCUGAGGGCAACACUGAAGGAACGAGAGAGCGAUCUGGAAUCGAUCCGACACAAGCUGGGAGACGCUGGGGAGAAAGAGAGUGAAAUGGAAGGACACAGAACGGAGCUUGAUGACAAGGAGAGAGAGCUGGAGGAGAUCAGGAUGGAGCUGGCAGAGAUGAGAAACUCCCACGAGAGGGUGAAAUCUGAUGACUAUGAGAUGAAGAUAGAGAAUCGUCGGCUGAAGGAAGAGGGCACCCAGAUGCUGGCUAAAGUGGAGGAUCUCAGUAAGCAGAUGCGAGAUGGCCAGGCUGCCCUCAACAGGGUCGUGCUGGAGAAGGACACCCGCAUCGAAGCCCUGAAACUGGAGAAGAGCCAGCUGGAGGGCGAGCUGUCCCAAGCUGAGAAGCGCAUCUCAGACCAGACCAAGCAAUACCAGCAAACCAUUGAGGAACUGAGCCGAGCUCGGUCCAUGGAUGCCUCUGCCCUGCAGACCGAACACGAACGAACAGUCAAACUCAACCAGGAGAAGGACCUGGAGAUUGGUCAGCUGAGGAGGGACAUGGAGCAGCUGACAGCCGACCACAAGGACACAAACGAGAUGCUCUCCAUCACCGUGGCUGGGCAGAAGCAGCUGACCGAGCUCCUGCAAGAGAAGGAUGCCUUUGCCGAGACACUCAAAGCAAAGGCAGCAGAGACACAGAGGGAGAUGGACGAAACCGUGGCCAGAGUGAAUCAGGACAGCGAGUCCUUGAGACGUUCGGUGGAGGACAAGGACAAGCAGCUAGGUGCCAUGAAGGAGGAGAACAGCCACUUGAAGGAGGAAAUUGAUAGGCUGAAAGACCAGCAGAGCCGUCCACAGCCCAUGUCCGAGCCCCGGACACUGGACAUCAUCACGGAGCUAGAGACGGAGGUUACCCAGCUGAAAGCGGCUCGGGAUCGUUUGGAUGGGGAAGCUCAGUCCCUGAGGGCAGCAGCGGAGGAGCAGCGGGGCACUCUACUCCAGUCCCAGAGUGAGCUAGAGCAAGCCCGCUCGCGGCACGAGCAGAGCACCCUCAACUACGAGCGGCUCAUUACCACCAAGGAUGAGGAGAUUGCUCGACUCCGGGAGACAGCGGAGACACAGCUCCAAUCCCCACCAAGCCGGGAGAUUCUGCAGGAGGACGACAAGACCCAGUCACUCGGCAGGGAGAACGGCAACGAGAAGCACGACUUCUCAAAGGUGGAGAUUGAGAAAUUGGUGAAAGGCAUCAAGGAGAAAGAGAACGAGAUUAGCCAGCUGAAUGAGAAGAACCUUUCCCUGACCAAACAGCUGGACCAGCUGGUGGUGUCCCGGGACGAGGUGGGGAAGCUGUCUCAGAUGGUGCGGCAGAAGGACCUGGAGAUCCAGGCUCUCCACGCGCGAGUGUCCAUGAGUGGCGUCGGAGGCCACAACCAGGACGUGCUCUUCCUCCAGCAGCAGCUGCAAGCCUACGCUGUGGAGCGGGAGCAGGUGCUUGCCGUGCUCAAUGAGAAGACACGGGAGAACAGCCAGCUGCGUUCCGACUACCACCACCUCAUGGACGUGGUGGCCGGAAAGGAGGCGGCUCUCCUGAAGCUCCAGCAGGAGAACCACCGGCUCUCCUCCUCCAGCGAUCCCUCGGGGAGCCAGGAGAUGUUCCGCGAGACCAUCCAGAACCUGUCCCGCAUCAUCCGCGAGAAGGACAUCGAGAUCGACGCGUUGACACAGAAGUGCCAGACAUUGGUGACUGUCCUGCAGGCGUCGUCGGCCGCAGACUCAGGCGGUGGCGGAUUGGGUGGCGGCGGCGUGAGCAGCAACCAGUUUGAGGAACUGCUACAGGAGCGAGAUACUCUGAAGCAGCAGGUGAAGAAGAUGGAGGAGUGGAAGAUGCAGGUGAUCACCACCGUGAAGAACAUGCAGCACGAGUCCGCGCAGCUCCAUGAGGAGCUGCUCAAGCUGCAGGGCCAGGUGACCGCGGACAGCGCCUGCAGUUCCCGUCUGUCCGGUGACUAUGCCCGACUCAUCCAGAGCUAUGAGCAAAAGGAGAGAAGGCUGGGCUCUCUGAGCCAGCAGCUGGCCCACGUGCAGCAGAGUAUUAGUCAACUCAGCAGUACCAAAGAUGUCUUACUGGGGAGACUCGAUAGUGUAGCACAGAGCCCUGAUACGAUGGUUAUGGCCCCACCGCAGAUGGCUGCCCCUCCAGUUGCAGUUGAGUCUUCCAGCCACCAGGGGGCAGCAGUGACAGACGAGGCACUGAGACAGGAACUGGAAACCCUCCGUCGGCAGCUGGCACAGCACGAUGUCACUGUCCGGACACUGCAGGAGAAUAACGGGCGCCUGUCGGACGCAGCCGCUGCCUCUGAAGGUGAACAACGGGGGAAAGCGGAGGAGGUGCGGCAGCUCCACGGACGGCUGGAGUCGGUCCAGCGCUCGCUCCGGGAGAAGGACCUGCUGAUCCAGUCGAAGGGCGAGCAGCUGAACCAGACGACCGAGAGCCUGCGGAACCGCGAGAGCGACAACGAGCUGCUGCGGCAGGCCGUUACCAACCUGAAGGAGCGGGCACUCAUCCUGGAGCUGGACGCCCGCAAGCUCCGCGAGGAGAACGAGGCGGUGGCAGCACGCUCGCGGGAGAAAGAGUCAGAGUUCCGCGCACUCCAGGAGACGAACAUGCAGGUGUCCAUGCUGCUGCGCGAAAAGGAGUUCCAGUGUAAUUCGGCCAUUGAGAAGUCUGCUGCUAUGGAGAAGAUGCUGAAGGACAGAGAACAGGGCAAGUCGGGUGAAUUGAACCAGUUGCUGAACGAGGUGAGGUCCAUGCAGGAGAAGGCGGUCAUGUUUCAGCAGGAGAGGGACCAAGUGAUGCUGGCACUCAAACAGAAGCAGAUGGAGACCACAGCGGUCCACAGCGAGAUGCAGCACCUGCGGGAGAAGGGGCAACGGCAGCAGCAGGAACUGGAGCGCCUGCGCAACCACCUGCUGGAGAUGGAGGAGUCGUACACGCGGGAGGUGGUGGCGGCUGAGGACCGCGAGGCGGAACUGAGGCGGAGGGUCACGCUGCUAGAUGAGAGGCUGGCGUCGUCCUCCAGUGCAGUGGAAAACGCCAGUCAGCAGGCCAGUCUGCAGGUGGAGUCACUGCAGGAGCAGCUGAACGGGGUGAUCAAGCAGAGAGACGAGGCUCUGCUGCAGCUGCGCACGGCCCAGGAGCAGGUCAACCAGUACGCCAUGUCCCUUACCAACCUGCAGAUGGUGCUAGAGCAGUUCCAGCAAGAGGAGAAGGCCAUGUACUCGGCAGAGCUGGACAAGCACAAGAGGGAGAAGGAGGAGUGGAGGAGGAAGGCAGAGAGACUGGCGGAUGAAGCUGCAGCCCUGAAGCUGAACCUUGAUGAGGCCACUGCUGCGUUGGAUUCAGCUUCCAGACUGACCGACCAGUUGGAUCUCAAGGAGGAGCAGUUAGAAGAUCUGAAAAAACAAGUGAGCGUGAGGCAGGAGAUGCUUGAAGACUCCCAAAACAAGUUAGUGAACUUGCUCAACAGCACCGAGGGCAAAGUGGACAAGGUACUCAUGCGGAACUUGUUCAUGGGGUACUUCCACACCCCGAGAAACAAGCGUCCAGAGGUGCUGAGGCUCAUGGGUAGUGUUCUUGGAGUUGACCGAGAUGAAGUCGACAACAUGCUGGAGGAUGAGGGGCGACGUGGGGUCAGUGGCUGGAUGUCCAGUUGGCUGGGUGGGAGAGCCGUCCAGAGUGUCCCCAACACUCCCCAGAGGCCAACUCAGGCUCAGGGCUUCAACUCGUCUUUCUCUGAGAUGUUUGUGAAGUUCCUGGAAAUAGAGUCGACUCCUACACUUCCAGCACCUAAGCUGCCUGUCUACGACAUCAAGCCCCUGGGGGCGCCUCCACCAGGUCGCAUGUCAGCCAGCACGCCAGCAGCAGCCUCAGGUGGGGCAGGAGGACCCAGCAAGCGAGCCUCACAGUCCAACCCCUUCUUGGCUCCUCGUUCAGCUGCAGUGCCCUUGCUCAACCCCGGAGGUGGUAGUGGAGCAGGUAGUGGACACCUGCUGAUGAAGCCCAUCUCUGACUCACUUCCUACCUUCACGCCCGUGCCCGUCUCGGCCGAGGCCAGUGGGGGGGCGGUGCUCAAAGACCUGCUCAAGCAAUGAGUGGUGCCUGACUGUGCCCGCUAAAGCACUUUAGCCAAUCACAGCCCUCAAGACACUAUGCAGCCUGCGCAGCGUGGACAAGCAAAGCCAGGACAAGUGGUUAUAGCACUAAUUUACAGAUGCAGACAUCACAGCCCUUGAGGCUGGUCUUAUUUGUGGUUCAUCCAGACUGCUCUCUUCCUUUUUGUCGGAAGGCAACAGUUAGACUUUUUUUGCAGUGGGUGCCAAACCAGUGGGUAUCUGGUUUGAGACAGCACUUUCCAGUGUUGAAAAAAAAAAUUGUCUGGGCUUGAGACAUCCCAACACUGCAGCGCAUAAUCAAGAGGAUUUUUUCAUUAUUUAGUUAUUUUAAACGUGCAAUUUAUCUGGUGCGGGAUCCCCCUGAUGUUGUCUGGCAAAACCACAUAAAGAUUUACAUGGCUGACUGCUUCAGUUAAAACCAUAAAGAUUUUUCUGUCCUUUAUUUUCUUCCUUUUUCUCUAGGCAGUUGCCAGAUAUGACAAAGUGUUACAGUAACAACAGCUAUCCUAGAGGGCUAAGGUAUUGUGGCUGAGGCUGGUGGCCUCUCUUAUGUAUUUGCAACAUGAUAUGAAUAUGUUGUUAAACCUGUACAUUAUGGAUAUUUUUCAUUCUCCUGCACUGUGGAAAGUGCGCAAAUCAUACUUUUUCAUCAAAUUGAAUGAACCUUUGGGUUUGUGAAGAUUAAAACAUGUACUUUUACAAAGUCUGCUAGCUGCACAAGAAGAAUAAAUACGUUUACAGGAUGAAGGUUAGACUUCUUUGUUUAAUAAAUAACAAUAAAGAAAAACUUCGCUGGACAUUUUUCUGUGUGUAUUGGCAACAUGAUAUUGGGAGUUGGAAAGCUGUAUAGCUACUCUACUGCCUCCCUAAAUCUCUGAGCUUCUGAAAGGGAAUAUUGUUACAAAACAGACUACACAAUGCCUUCAAAUUAUUUGUACUAUAUUCAUGAUUUGGGCAAUAUAAUUUAUAGUUUGGGGUGAGAGGUUUUUGCUCAUGUUGUCUGCAUAGUAGCCUACCCUUUUUAAUUUAAUUGAUACGUUUUCACCAAGAUUGAGGAGCUCUCAGACAAAUAUGAUGAAAAGCCUAUCAGUUAAAAAUGUUUAUUCUGGCAAAAUAAAAACAUCUC